UUUGGUUACAAUAUUUAACUAACUUCGAAUAUUUACUUGAGUUUGCAAUGCUUCGUAUAGUAAAUUGAAAGGCUUGUAAAAAGCCCAUCUGUAAUUUGUAAGGUGACACAGUGAGCUGUUGUAACUAGACUAGGGGAUAUGAGGCCACGGGAUCGAAACAGCAAUAGCGUCUUCCGCACGCUCUACAACGGUGGUGCUUAUCAUGGUGACUUGUACGGGCCACGACUCGCCAGCAGCAGCAAAGACAGCGUAGAUCUCAUCCAGCGACUGGACCUGUGGAAGCUGCUAAAGGUGCACAAGGGUUGCGUCAAUACGGUAUUUUGGAGCGACGAUGGUCAACUGUUGCUGUCCGGUUCGGACGAUCAGCAUAUCGUUAUCAGCAGCCCCUUCACCGGUCGGACUCUGUUUCAGCACAAGACGACCCAUCGGGCUAACAUAUUUAGUGCUAGAUUUCUACCACAAAGUGGUAAUCGUGAAAUCGUUUCCUGCUCCGGGGACGGCAUCGUGUUGUAUACGGAACUAAAGGAUGUUGCGCUGCAGCCGGCGGAAGCACACGAGCGGAACUUGAACUAUUUCAACUGUCACAGCAAUGGAACCACUUACGAGGUCUUGACUAUACCGACGGAACCGCGCUCGUUUAUGAGCUGCGGCGAGGAUGGAACGGUUCGGUUGUUCGAUUUGCGAAAAAUGACGCGUUGCUUGAAAACGUGCUGCAAAGACAACAUUCUGAUAUUGAGUCCUUCGGCAGUUACGGCUAUGGCCUUGGCGCCGAUCACAAUGAACUAUAUUGCCGUCGGCAGUUCGGACAGUCACGUGCGGAUCUACGAUAGACGGUUCCUAAAGCUGGUAGAUUGUAAUUCUCCGGGAUCACCGACCGAACGGCACACCAUUCCGGUAAAGAUGUUCACAAAUCCCUCGAUGGAAAAACGUUCGUUCCGUGUGACCUCAAUCGCCUAUAGCCAGGAUGAGUGUGAAUUACUGGUUAACUAUUCGUCCGAUCAUUUGUACCUGUUUGAUGCAACCAAAGAUGGAAUUGAGAUAACGACAGCUCAGGCGUCCAGCAGUUCCGACAAAGGCAAGCGGUCUUCCAAGCUGCAGCAUAGCGUUGAUAGUCCACCGCCGGUGCGUCGGUUGCGUUUGCGUGGCGACUGGUCCGACACCGGGCCGGAUGCACGUCCGGCCCGUGAGAUGGCCUCCCGAGUAUUUGGGGCCGGCCAGGCUCGUCCACAACUUCAAGCUACGAUCAUGCAUCGUAUGACCGAGGUUCUGUCGCGAAUGUUGGCCGACCCCCGAACACGCAUUGGAUUGACCCAAACGAACGAACUGACGAACGAUAGGGACCUGGCGAAUGUGGUGGACGAUUUUCGCUCCUUUGCCAGCAGCGCUGUGUCUGGUACGGAACAAGACCAAGAUCAAGAACCGCAGCCGUCUACCAGUGGCACACAGCGGGAUUGUUCCCCGGAAAAUGCCGAGCAUGAUGAUGAUGAUGACGAUGACGAUGAGGAAGACGACGAAGAUGACAACGACAAAAGAAGCAAACCAAACCAAAGAAAGAAGUCUGAUAAGAAGCAGACAGACUCUUCCUAUGAAGAAGAGCUGAAAGCACUGAACGAUCUCGAACAAAAAGUUAUUAAUUACGACUAUGUUAUAAGAAAGUACGUCGGUCACAGAAAUGCGCGUACCAUGAUUAAGGAAGCCAAUUUUUGGGGCAAUAACUAUAUAAUGUCCGGCUCAGACUGUGGACAUGUAUUCACGUGGGAACGGGCCACCGGCCGGUUGGUGAUGCUAAUGGAAGCUGACCAGCACGUGGUCAACUGCGUCCAGCCGCACCCGACGCUGCCCAUCCUGGCUACGUCCGGAAUUGAUUACGACAUUAAAGUGUGGUCUCCCAUGGACGAAGAACCAAGCCGUUUCGAUCGCGAGGAAGCCAACGAUCUCAUGGAACGCAACGCCGUGAUGUUGGAGGAGACCAAAGACACCAUAACCGUGCCAGCGUCGUUUAUGAUACGAAUGUUAGCUUGCAUCCAUUCGCUACGGAAUCGGCGGAAUGCACCACCGGCCGCUGCGGCGGCAGCGGAUGAUUCCGCACGGGAUGGCGACGGUAAUGGCGAUAACAAUGACAACAACAACAACAGUAGUAGUGGUGGUGGGGACCCAAACGGCCCAAGCAACGGCGGAGGAGAUGCGGCAAAUAACGAAACCAGCUCAUCGGAUGGCGGGAAUUCGGAACACUUCCUAUAAGGAGGGUUGCGAGCAGCGAGCUUUUGGCGAACGGGAAACGAUGUAUUACGCACGCACGCAGACAUACGCUUUGAGAGCCUCUAACUUUGAAACUUUGCCUCGCCCUCCUCGCAAUUCCGUGUAAAAGAGAUUCACCAACUAAUUCGUUUAUAUCGAAGUUUUUGAAUUAACAACUCGGUCGGCUGCGUAGACAAGCAUGA